UGGUAGUGGCAGACCAAGUGCGAUUGGCCCUGACGAUCGGGUGCGGCGAUUGGCCGACGCCGGCACUGCCAGGAGGCGGAUCCUGCCGCUACGAGUCUGGCGGGGUGGCGGUAAAGGGAAAGAGGAUACGAGCGGCUGACGCCGCUCGCUCGAAAACGGCUCGCGACGGCGGGACUGGGACGGCUUUAGAAAAAGACAGCGAGAGAUUCUAGGGAGAGAGGGUGACACACGGUGUCGCGCCCGGAGGGUUUCAGUCUGUGUUCACCCAUGAGAGACACACCACUAGCGGCGACACGCUCCGCUCACCUUGCGAGGGUGAGAGCUCGCUUUUCGCUCGUCGACUGGCCUCGUUCCUCGUUCUUCGCGGGAACCACCUGUAUUUCGCGUUGAAUCCCCGGACGAAUUGCGAAUUUUACCGCUUGCCGAAAAUAGACCGGAUUGACGGGAUCGCUGCUACUUGGUUGGAGCAAAAUAGUGAGGCAAAUCGCGCGUGUCGUCCAGGACCGCAGGUGGUCCUACGUGAGAGAUGAAGUAUCGAGGACGGUGACAGUUUUUGUCAUUAAAAUCUUGAAGUAAAGUAUCGAUGAAAUUGAUGAGCAAGAAAAAUCAGACGUACGAUCGAUUUGACCAAGACAGUAGACUGUGUUGACAAACAAUAAUUGUGAACAAUUGAAAUUUGUUGAGUCCGAAAUUACGGAGCACGUUGUGCAAGAUAAAUCUUCACAAGUGAUUCUACAGGACAAAGUAGCGAAAUGUCAAAAUCGGUGAUAAUUGAAGUGUUGGAAAAUUUUUGACGAUUUCUAAGAGGAAAAGUUUCAGGAACAGUCAUUUUAAUAGAGAGAAUUUUACAAGGAUUUAUUAUUAAUGAAGAAUCCUGAAAAAAGAAAACAGAAGUUUCAAAAAUGAAAUUAUAGAUAGGAAAAUGUUGUAAGAAUUUUAUCAGCCGCUACUAGAAGCUUUCACUUUGUCCUUCGUGAGCUGAAAAUAUGUCGCAAUUCAACAUACUCAGCUGAUGACAACUAUCCGAGUCCUUUUGUAUUCGCACGACGUACUCGCCAAGGAAAAAGGAAGAAGAGCAAUCGAUUGUGGAAUUUCCUACGUCGCCUCAAUAUAUCGAAAAAUUAUCUGUGUGUACAUUUGUGAUUUAUCGUUCAGUGAUUCUUAAGAAAUAAGGAGAAACGAAUAGGACUGUUUAUUAUUAUUUGAUACAGGUACAUUUUACCGUAAUUUAGUGGAUGUGACUAAAAUUGUGUUUAAACAUAAUUGACAAAAAGAUCCUGCUGCGAUCAACUGGAAUGUUUAAUCCUUUGCAAUUAUCUCUUCCUUCGCGAAAGACGCAUAAAGCAUUUAUGUUUAUGCAACACUGAGGCAUUAAACAUUUCUUAAUAAUAAUACAAUUAAACAACGUAAAUCGCAACUGAUUUGAGCAAAAUAUCUUAGGCGCAAUAUCGAAACUAAUGAUACUGCUUCGUACAUAAAUUACUCUUGUGUUAAUUUAUGUAAUGUUGAUUUGAGUCGCGUAAAUUUUGGAUCAAAGACUGUUGAUUAUAAUAUGUCAUCUAAUUUUUUAUAAACGACAUAAUACCAUUGAUCGCAACGCGUUAACAUUUUAGAUAUCAUAAAGAAUUUAAUUAUUUAAAUUAAUCUUGAGUUAUCGAAGAGAAGGUGAAAGUAUUUCCAAGAAGCGUCAGAACUAUCGACUACGCGUACAUCGAACUACCUCACUGCGCUAUAAAAUGGACCGUUAUUUCCACUGCCGAAUUCAGUGAUUUUGGAUGAUCCUGAACGUUUGAGCCGAUCGUGGUGCAUCAUUGACGGAAGUGGAGGGCCAGUUAAAGGGUGGUGUUGUUCGGAAGGGUGGUGCGACGUUCGGGUACGCAAGUCUGCAGGCCAGCUCUGGGGUGCCGGGCCCGGGCGGGGUAAUGAGCUGCUCCGAUGUGAUGUAUCAAUAUUAUCCUUACCUUUACCAAACCCACCGGCCACCGCCGCCGCAUCCGACGCAUCCCCAUGCGGCCCCGCACAGCCACCCUCACGCUAAUCCACACGCGGCCCACCACAGUCCAGCCAGGCCGGCGCCCUUUCAGCCCUUCCCGGCGGCUACGGCGACGCAUCAGUAUGACAGGCUGAACGUUCAUCAAAGGUCUUUGGAGGCAGCCGGUAUCGAGCUUUGCGGCGCCGGCGGAAGCGUUCCUCAAGGUCAGCCAAGCAGCGCGGGUUCCGUAGGGUCCGCACCGAGUCCUGCAUCCCCAAGGCCAACGCCGCAGUCGCGACCACCCGUCGCAACCACCACCUCGCAACCCUCGCGGACGCUGGAUGACGACAGAUCGACAGACGGCGUCGGCGCUGCUAAUACCACUGAAGACUCCGACGAUGGCGAGAGCAGGGCGCAGUACGUUAACGCGAAUUGCGUCGUCUUCACGCAUUAUCGAGGCGACGCGGCGUCGGAAGUGGAGGAACAUUUUCAGAGAGCCCUCGCUCACGAUAAGUUAAAAGAAAAUAUCUCUCCCAUGUCCAUGAGGAACUUCCCUCCUUCCUUUUGGAAUAGUCAGCAUCCCGGUGAUGUCUACGACUAUCCGACGGAUCCGUGGCAUCCGCAUUACCCGCAGUAUCACCACAGAGUUCACGAGUACCAUCAUCACAAUAUGGCGGCGAGCGCCUACGGUGGUCUUCUGCUGGGUGGUGCACGCGGCCUUAGCCAUCACACGUCUCACCACGCAGCGCAUCACGCGCACGCCGCGGCAACCUACAAGGAGUGGACGUCGGCGACGCCGUCGCAGUCCCUCGUCGACGCUUCCUCGGCGCCGCCCUAUCCACAUAGCCACUACGCACCCCUCUCCGGUAAGACUCGAGUCUCAAGUGCAGGACUCCAAAGACCUCUACUGGUUCUAGGAUCGAGCGCUGGAGAUCGCCAGGAGACGAUCUAGGCGAAAUAGUUUCCUCACAUUCAGAGGACGACUGACCGACUGUGUUUCGAUUAGCGAGAAAAUUCAGUGAUGCGAUAUAGAUGAUAAACAUGCGGAAAUAAAAAUAAAGAAACGAGAACUUUGUUGAGGAAAAAUGAUGACCGAGCGUUCGUCAUUGUCGUGUACAUAGUGUUACCUACGUCUUUUAAGGAUCUACUAUUAUAAAAACAGAUAAGUAUAUUAAACGAAUACUUGCGCGCACUAUUACCUUUAUAGUGACUGCUGUCUGAUAUUAAAAAAGAGAUCGGCCGUGAGACUGCGAUCGAGACUCGUGUUUGGCGGGUACAAUAGCGUAGUGCGAUUUAGACCGUCAUGGCACACCUAAAUUUUCCAAAUAAUUAAUACUGUGUCCUCGAUUGUUUUUCUACUAUACGUUAACUUUGAAUUUAUUUUCCAAAAAUUGGCCAUAAAUAAGGACAAGCUAUAUGCAUAUGUAACAAUUGAUUUUAGAGCACGAAAGAUUUGAUUCAAAAUUAGUAAGUAAUUAUUUGGUAAAUUUAGCUGCCGAUUUAUAAGUAAAGUAUUUAUUGACCAAUGA